CAACAUAACGCAUCACUAAAGUUUUACUUUUAUCUUCCCUCUUUGAGCCAUUGAUUUAAAAACAUCAUUUACUGUGACAUUAUCAAAUACGUGGUGCUAUAAAAUAAAUUGAAAAUGUCCGAAGAGACCGAUGCACCGGUUUUUAGCACUGUUGAUAUCAACAAUGACAACAGAGACGAGGAAGAUCUAUUUGCUUCAGCGGUUCAGGAAGUAAGCCUGGAUUCUGAAGUAAAUGGAACAAGUGAAUCUUUGGAGAAGGUAUCAAUAACUGAUAUGUCAUCCAUGCCAGCUGUAGUUGGAAGCCCUAUUAUGGAAGAGAUAGCAACAGAACGUGCCAAUAACAUAAUAAUCACUGUAACGGAACCUCAAAAGAUUGGCGAAGGCAUGAGCUCAUAUGUAGCUUAUCAUGUCUUAACAAAAACAAAUAUGCCAAUAUUCAGCAGGCACGAGUUUACCGUCCUCAGACGUUUUAGCGAUUUCUUAGGUCUUCAUGAGAAAUUAACAGAGAAAUAUCUUCGCUCCGGUAGAAUUAUACCACCUGCUCCAGAAAAGAGUAUUGUUGGAACAACAAAAUUAAAGAUGACAUCAACUCCGUCUACGGAGAGUGCUAAUGGCACCAACUCAUCCGCCAGCCUGCAGUCGCAGUUCGUGGAGCGGCGCCGCGCAGCGCUAGAGCGCUUCCUGAAUCGAGUCGCGCAGCAUCCCGUACUCUGUAUAGAUCCUGACUUUAGAGAGUUUCUUGAAUCCGAUACGGAACUGCCUAAAGCGACGAGCACAUCAGCACUCAGCGGUGCGGGAAUGUUGCGGCUUUUUAACAAAGUUGGAGAGACGGUUAACAAAAUCACUUACAGAAUGGAUGAGUCUGAUCCCUGGUUCGAGGAGCGUAUAUCCCGCGUGGAGGGCCUGGAGACGCAGCUGCGGCGGCUGUGCGGCGCGUGCGAGGCGCUUGCGGGGGAGCGACGUGAGCUUGCCGCACGCUCGCACGACGCCGCACGCGCAGCCGCCGCACUCUCCGCCGCGGACCCGCAUCCGCCUCUCUCCAGAGCACUGUCACAUCUCGCAGAUCUACACGAGAAGAUUGAACAUUUAAGAAUGGAGCAGUCCAAUACAGACUUUUAUGUACUAACCGAGCACAUAAAAGACUAUCUCGGUUUGAUUGGUGCUAUUAAGGAUGUUUUUCACGAAAGAGUCAAGGUGUUCCAGAACUGGCAACACGCACAGAUGCAGCUGACAAAGCGGCGCGAGAACAAGGCCAAGGCCGAGCUCGCCAACAGACCUGAGAAGAUUGAACAAGCCUCUAAUGAGAUUAUUGAGUGGGAAUCUAAAGUAGAAAGAGGACAACAAGAGUUUGACACGAUCUCUCGCGUCAUCAAGAAAGAAUUGGAACGUUGGGAGGAGACGCGAGUCGCGGAACUUCGCGCAACGAUACUGCGGUAUCUGGAGGAACAUAUGAAACAUCAGGCUCAGUCGAUCCGUUACUGGGACGCGUUCCUUCCUGAGGCUCGUGCUAUUAAAUGAGUGGGGGAAUUACCUUCGUCUUUGCUGCGCCAAAACCGACCUAAACACCUACAACAUUAAUGCUACUUUGCAUCACAUGGCCCAUUGUAAAUGGUACAUUUUAGAUAGUCCAUACAUAGUUAAUUCUCAUAUAAAAUUUUGUAUUAACUUAGAUAGGUCUUUAAAGUGAUUUUACUGAAAAAAAAAAAACAAAUAAUUUUGAU